GGAGGAGCGAGGGGGCUGGAGGGAGAGAAGGAAGAAGGAAGGGGGCGAGCGGAGGGAGCUGGCGUCCGAAUGGGAGAACAGAGAGAGUGAGAGGGCGGGCCGCCGGGCGAGCACCGAGGAGCCGAGUGGCCCCUCGGCGGGGGCCCCAGCGGCAGGCGCAUGGCGGGCCCCGCGCGGUGACCGGGCUGGACGAGAGAGUCGCGCGCGGCUUGCACGAGUCUCGGGCCGAUGUACCAGGUGAGCAGCCAGAGCCCCCCUCACUGCGACGCGCCCCAUGGAGCCCCCAGCGCAGCCCCGGGCCCAGCCCAGACCCUGUCCCUCCUGCCUGGGCUGGAGGUAGCAACAGGACCCACUCACCCUGCAGAGGCAGCACCAGAAGAGGGCUCCCUGGAGGAGGCGGCACCUCCCAUGCCCCAAGACAAUGGCUCUGGGGCCCCCCAAGCCCUGGACAGCACUGACCUCGAUGUCCCCACAGAAGCUGUGACAUGCCAGCCUCAGGGGAACCCCUUGGGCUGCACCCCACUACUGCCAAAUGGUUCUGGCCACCCCUCGGAGCUGGGCAGCACCAGGCGGGCGGGAAAUGGUGCCCUGGGUGGCUCCAAGGCGCACCGGAAGUUGCAGACGCACCCGUCUCUCGCCAGCCAGGGCAGCAAGAAGAGUAAGGGCAGCAGCAAAUCCUCUGCCUCCCAGAUCCCCCUCCAGGCGCAGGAAGACUGCUGCGUCCACUGCAUCCUGUCCUGCCUGUUCUGCGAGUUCCUGACGCUGUGCAACAUUGUGCUGGACUGCGCCACGUGCGGCUCCUGCAGCUCCGAGGACUCGUGCCUCUGCUGCUGCUGCUGCGGCUCCGGCGAGUGCGCCGAGUGCGACCUGCCCUGCGACCUGGACUGCGGCAUCCUGGACGCCUGCUGCGAGUCCGCCGACUGCCUGGAGAUCUGCAUGGAGUGCUGCGGGCUCUGCUUCUCCUCCUGACCCCCGGCUGUCACGCAAGGCUUGACAGGCUUGACGCACCCUUCCCCCUGGUCCUCCCCCUCCCACCCAGUGCCCUCGGAAACCCAGCCCUGGGGAGAAAGGGUCGCGGGGAGGGCCCAUCUCAGCCGUGGGAGGUGGGCCUCUCCUCUCCACCGAGGACCCAGGAGCCUUGGGGACCAGCACCAGGGCUGGGGAACACUGUGAAAGUUAGGGGAGGGCAGCGGGGUGGGGAGGGCAGGGCAGGGCCAGCAGGGCUGUGCGCUCUCUACCUCUCCCUGCCCUGGUGCCCGCCCGCCUGUCCCCUGCGAACCCAGGCUUUGAGGACAGCAAAAUGUGAAAAGAGACACCCCACCCCGCCCCCGGCCAGCCCUCCCCGUCUCCUUUCCUGGGCUCUUGUGGGGGCCUAAGCCUUGCAGUGACCCGAGAGGGCAGGGCUGGGCACAGGCCUGGGGUGGGGCGGGAGAGGGGCCGUAUGGAAAAGACUGGAAGGGAAGAGGGAGGGAAUGGAAGGAGGGUCUGUUCUAUUUGUUGCUGUAAAUAAAGGUAUUUGUCCAUCUCA